AUGACGAGCGGGCUUAGUGGCCGCUCCAAGGACGGCGUCCCAACCUGGGACGGGAGUGCGAGUACUUUUCAAGCUUAUGAGGAGCAAGUGCUUGUGUGGGAGCAGGGAGUCAAGUAUGAAAACCGCUACCUAUGUGGACCGCGACUGUGCGGAGAACUUUCAGGAGCUGCCCAGCGAAUGAUUGUGGGCAAACCGCCUACAUGGGUUUCAUUCAAUGGGGGCGUGGCAGUGUUUCUGCGACACCUUCGGCAGAGCCUGGGCCGACCGCAGAUUCCUGAGGCCACCGAGUUCCUGAACAAGUACUUCCGGAACAGUCGCCGCCGCGUCGGCGAGGGAAUCAAUGACUAUAUCACGAGGAAGACAGAAACUUACUGGCGAGCCUGCCAGGCCUUGAAGCGAGUGAUGAGUCGGAAGCCUCCUCCAACGACUACGGCAACCCCGCCAUCGACCUCUACGUCCUCCUGUCGGAGAUCAAGCUGGGCGUCUACUACAUCCAAUGGAACAGGAGCCGAAGGUGAUGGCGAGAACGAGGAGGCCCGGGACGAGCACGCGACCGACGAGGCCUGGACCCGAACUUCCUCUACAUGGUCUUCAUGGAGUUGGGGAAGCUACAGGUGGGAUUACUACCCCAGCUACUCCUCUUGGGACUGGUGCCAGCGCGCCGAGACCCCCGCAGCCGUGGAGGAGCAAGUGGAAAUCCUUCCCGAGUUCGUGCAGGCCUGGUACCUCCUGGCAGAUGCUGGGCUCACGACCUACGAGCGGAACUUGAUCCAUACGGCGGUGGCGGGAGACUACACGCUGUCACGAGUGUCGCAUGAACUGCGAACCCAACAUGGAGACCACGACCAUCGUCGCAAGGAGUCACACGUGCAGGCCUACCUCGGCGAGGAGUUGGGGGAGAUCGCCGAGGAGGAGUUCGAGGAUGAGAAUGAGCACUUCCACGACGACCUGAACGACAACCUCGACGAGGAAGGAUCAGCCCUAUGGGUGGAGAACCAGAACGAGAUCAACAGCGCGUGUGCAGUUCUUCGCGACGCUCGGAGAACAUUGAAGGCGGCCAGGGAGAAACAACACCAGGUUAAGAUGGCCAGGAAGUACUACAUGCCUCGUGACAAGGACGGGUCCAGCCGGCCCCGAGAUGAUUCUGGCAUGACCUGCCUGAAGUGUGGACGUGUCGGACAUCGUGCAAGGAACUGCCCGAACAAGGCGAAGGACCAGAACGAGGCCAGCUCCUCCAAGCAGAUGGCGCCUUUCGUGCGCUACGCCCAGACCACCGAGGACGCCAUGUCAGCAGGCCCGACAACGCAGGAUGCCGUGGCCGCAGGUUGCUGCGUCAUUGAUGGAGGAGCUACCAAGACACUAGGGUCGGUGCAGGCCUUGGAGAAGCUGUUCCAGCGCAACAUCGAGAAGUACGGAGAAGACCGAGUCCAGAAGGUGGAUCUUUUCGAGCGACCUGUGUUCGGGUUUGGCAAUUCAACCGAGGGCCAGUGCGUUUCCACCAUCCACCUCGGUGUGAACGCCGACAACAAGCCGGGCCAGAUCACUGUGCACGCGCUAGACGAGGGCGAAGGCCCCGUGCUCUUCUCGAUUGACGCCCUUCGCAAGCUGGACGCCCUGAUCGACUUUCGCCGAGACUUGGCAGUGUUUCGCGAGCUUGACCCUUGCAAGGUGAUUUCCCUGAAGCGGUCCCAAACGGGACAUCAACUCCUGGAUUUGACAGCAGAUCUUUUUGCGAAUGCCCGAGGAACCAACAAACCGGUUCCCUCGUUAGAUACGUCCUCCUUCCUCAGCGACUCCAAGCGGCAAGCCAUGAUGCGGAUGAACAAGGCCCAGCUCCAGGAUGCGAUCCGCGCCCGAGGCGAGGAACCCCCACGAGAGUGGAGCAACGUGGAGUUGAGAGACAGGCUGACCGAGCUCAUGGAGUUGAAUGGAGAAACGACCUCGGGCACGAAGAAAACGGAUCUUCGUCAGUGGAUCACCGAGCUGAACAAGAACAGCAAGAAGAAGGAGUUGCUGAAGACCUUCUGCGAGUGGUCCACGCUGACCUACGGCCAGCUGCGUCGCGAGCAGCCGGCAUAUGCGACUUGGGUCCAGGAAACUCUCCUGGAAGGAGGCGAGAGCUGCGAUUACCGGCUCAGUCGCCUCGGCAACUGGCUGAUGAACCAGCCGGACGAGGAGACCAUGGAGGUGCCCGAGAAGAUGCCGACAACGACGAUAGAGCCAGCCUAUGUGAAGCCCAAGGCCAAGGCCAAGAGCAUGACGAUGGAGUACACCGGGGGCAAAGGCUACGGUGCAAAGACC